AUGCACCCAACACUUCAACUUUUCGCAAAAAAAAUAAGAGAGCAACAUGUAAAACGCGGACUAUUUGCCAGUGGUCGCCUAAAAUACCUUUAUCCAAAAAACGAUCCUUUGCCAGACCCACCACCUAAACCACCAAAAGUUAAAAAGGCUAAAAAAGAACCACCUUGGAUGGUUCAGCAAACUUAUAAACAAGCAUUGACAGGUCUUUAUGCUGGUAAACAUAUACAGUACGGUAAUCAAAUCUCUGAGUUCGGUAACAAAUCACGACGCACUUGGAAACCGAAUGUUCAAAAAGUAAAGUUAUAUUCGGAAGCUCUUAAUGAAAAAAUUCCGAUCAAGAUCACACCUCUUGCACUUAAAAUAAUGGACAGGAAAGGUGGAUUGGAUAAAUAUUUGCUUUCUAUGAGAGAUAAAGACCUAG